GAGCUGCUGCGCUGUGGUCAAUGUUAGAGCUGUAAAUAACGCCGGAAGCUCUCCUCCGUCUGCUGUACACACACUCGGCACGACUGCACGCACCAGGAGGAGUGUGAGGAGAAAAAGGGAGAACAAAAGACUCUCGCAGGAACAUGGCUUUAGUGAGGGUUGGACUCCAGCUCCAGCUCCUGCUUUAUUCAGUCUCAGGCUUCUCACCUGCAGACUCCAGCGACCAGCUGCCUUUACUCACAGUUCUAGCUCCUGUAGACAUCCUGAAAAGAUUCGACCCGUGUUGCCUACAGACUCCGCCUCCUCCACCCCUGUUCCCGCCCCCACCUAGCGUGUGGAGGAGAAGCCUGGCGGUUCCGGAAUAUGUGGAGGAGGGAAGAGGUGGAGGUGGAGGAGGAGGAGGAGGACAUGAUGAAGAAGAUUUGACAGAAUGUUGUCUCGCAGGACCUCCUGGACCUGCUGGACCACAGGGCCAAAACGGCAUUCCUGGAGUCCAGGGCCCCAAGGGAGAUAAGGGAGAUAUUGGUCGACCUGGAUCAAAGGGACGCAGCGGUCGUCCUGGGCUUCCUGGGAGACCCGGUUCUGCAGGAUGGCCUGGUCCUGAGGGACCCAAAGGAGAGAAAGGAGACCAUGGGCUGAUGGGACUGCCAGGGAUCAGAGGACCGGAGGGACCCAAGGGCCUGCCUGGGUACAAAGGAGAGAAGGGUUCACACGGAGAUCUUGGAGUUCCAGGUCCGAAGGGAGACAAGGGUGUAAGUGGACAUGCUGGCAUGCUGGGACAGAAGGGUGAAAUGGGACUGAAGGGAGAGACAGGUGUGGCAGGGACACGUGGUCCUACAGGACGCCCCGGCAGAAGAGGAAAGCAGGGAUCUAAAGGACAAACUGGCCGCAUAGGACCAAUGGGACCGGCUGGCUCUCUGGGACUGAGGGGAGAGCCGGGACCCUCUGGUCUUCCUGCCUCAGUGCUGUAUGUGGGAGGAGAGAAGGGUGAAAUGGGGACACCAGGUCUUCCUGGACAGUGUGAUUGCAGCUCCUUUGACACGAAUGGCCCUGGGAGCGCGUCACUCCAGCGGCGUGACAAAUACAAUAAGGUUUCAGCGAUAUUUGUGGUGAGCGGUGAGAAGGACCUGAGUGACCUGGACUCUAACAACGUUCUGGCUUUCAGUAAAGAGCAGAAAUCUCUCUACUUUAAAGACAUGGAUGGGUGGCAGCCAAUUCAGCUGCUCCCACCGCAUACCAUGGAGAGGGAGAAGAGAGCAGCGUGGACGUGUGGAGACGGAGAAGUGCAGACGCUGAACGGAGAGGAGUGUGACGACGGGAACAGGCUGGUCACAGACGGAUGUGUGGGUUGUAAGAAGGCAUACUGUGGAGAUGGAUAUCGACACAUCGGUGCUGAGGAGUGUGAUGGAAAGGACUUUGGAUAUCAGACCUGCAAAACAUACCUGCCAGGGACGUUUGGACAUCUCAGAUGCACAGGCUCGUGCACCAUCGACUCCAUCGGCUGCAGGAACGUUGCCUGAGCUCCUGACGCACAUGUGCAUGCCUGAUGGGAACUCUCACACAACACAGACACACACAACACACACACACACACACACACAAGCAUUCAGUGGAGCUCAUGUCAUGACUGUUUGGAGCCGUUUUAGAAAAAUUAUGAUUAUUUAUUUAUUUGUAUUCAUUGGAAUACAUUUUUUUAUUAUUUAUUAAAGCUGAUUGUCGUUAGGUGUGUGUGUGUGUGUGUGUGUGUUUUAAAAGAUUGAUAAUUACUGUUUAUUAUAAUUGAUAGAAAUUGCAAGUACAAUAAAUGAAAUUUCAUUGUUUUUA